CCGAUCACACGGGCCGGGACACGCGUGACUGAGCACGCCGGACACAGCUCCCAGGAAGCUAUCUCGUGGUGCACCGUGACCGGGACACGUCGCUCUUCUACAGGUGUUUCGAAUCGAUCGUUCCGCUUCCACGCCGGUUCCCUUCCAUCGCAGCCACCGUGCUCUUCCCCGUGGAUGGUGUGAGAUGUUCAGUGAGUUUCCUUCGCCGAACACGUGAUCCGCUCUGCACCGGGCCCUGUCUCUCGUCGCGUGCUCCCUUCGGCCUCGCGCAGUUUCUCGCCGGAGAGCCGCGUGCACCGGACGGAUAAAAUCGAACCUACUCCGCGUAACCGAUUUGUGACCAUUUCGAGUUCUCCGACUGUGCUCCCCGAGGUGACACCUCGUUACCGAUUCGUUUAGGUGACUCGAACGUUCGCGUGGCACGCAUAGGCAGAUGGGACGGGAGGGAGGAUAAAAACAAACGGAGAAACGGGUCCGCUCGGUCGUCGCUCGAUCGCGUGUCAUUGUUACGAAUCAGGUCGACUCGAACGGAGCCAGCACCAGCUGGAUCGCGCGCGUAAACGAUCGAAAACGGACGAUUUUGCAGCGGACGGUGCGUUAAAUGACGAGCUGGACGACGAAGACGGGGAGGAGGAAGCGUUGAAGAAGCGACAGCUUCCUAGUGAUUAUCCGUCCUGGGAGGACGGGUCGCUUUUCGGGGACACAGUAGACACCACCGUGGCAGAUGAGAUGUGAAGCACGAGGACUACGAGGCGUGGAGCUGGCUGGAGCGAAGGCGGAAGUCAAGAAGCCAAAGCUGCCGAAGGCGGUCGCAGGGGCGGCAGCAGGCCAAGGGGGCACCUGGCGGGGGCCGCCUGAGAUGACGACCCUGCGACGGGGUAUCGUGGCACCCCGGUACAACACCUACGUCCUGGUCUCCCUCAUUGGACUUUUGCUGCAAACGCAGUCUGCGACUGGCGGUAUAUGCUGGUCUUCUAUAAGUAACGGUCGUUGUAAGGAAUUAUUAUCGCAAGGCGUAACGAAGGAACAUUGUUGUGCGUCAAACGCUGAAGCAGCAACCGCGUAUUCUGAGGAGGACCUCGAUAGCGGAAGUCUCUUUUUUUGGCGAGUCCUGGGAGGAGGAGUGCAGUGUCGUCCUUGCAGAGAAAGCUGCAAAGAAGUAAGGUGCGAAGAAGGGAAAAAGUGUGUGGUGCGCAAAGGUAGACCAAGGUGCGUGUGCAGUCCAGAGUGUAAAGCUCCCAGAGGAGGAGGUCCGGUCUGCGGGACGGACGGGAAAAGUUACAAAAAUCUGUGCAGACUGAAAAAACGAGCUUGCAAGAAGGGAAGCCACGAGCUAGCGGUUGCCUAUAACGGCCACUGCCAAAGUUCGUGCGCACGGGUCCGUUGCGGCCAAGGUCGGAGCUGCCUGUUGGACCAGAACCUGAGCCCGCACUGCGUGAGGUGCGCCCGCAGGUGCCCCCAGCCGCCCCCGCAACAACGAGCCGUCGCACGCCCCGUUUGCGGGGCCGACGGAAACACCUACAAGAGUGCCUGCCACCUGCGACUCGCCGCCUGCCGCGCAGGUCGCGCCAUUCCCGUCGCCUAUAAGGGCCACUGCAAACAGAACGCGGACUGCACGACGAUUCGGUGUCGAGAGGGACAGACGUGUCUGUCGGAGAUGAAGUCAGGCCGACCACGUUGCGUAACCUGCACCUAUCGUUGUCCCCGGAAGCGGGAGCGGGUCCGGAACCGGACGCACCGUGAUCGAGAUCCAUCGGCGACCAUGUUGUGCGCCACGAACAAUAUCACCUAUCCCAGCUGGUGUCACAUCGUCAAGGACGCCUGCGUUACCGGCUUCGUCCUCGAGACGCGACACGCCGGCCCCUGCAACGCCUACGACACCUCUCCUUUCUAUAUCGAGGAGGACAACACCUCGAGCAACUACGGCGUCGACCUGGCGGACGAGGACGCGAGAUUCGAGGACGUCGAAACGGAGUCGUUGUCGUACAAUGGGCAAACGCAUCGUUCGUUGGCGUUGUCGUAGCGCGAGAUCGAUCGAUCGAUCGAUCCUACGAUCAACACGGCUCGUAGAUCUUUCCACGGUGCUUGCUCGGGGGAGCCACGCGAAACGAUAGAAUGUCACGGACGAGUCCUGAUCGCGGAUCCACGGACGAAGAUGGAUCAAUCCAGGGCCACCGUUCGGCCGAUUAUUCUUUAGGGGAAAUCACGGGACGGGAAAUCACGUGGAUUCCUGAUCGCGUUGUACUCGAAGAACAACGCGGAAACUUACGUACGUUGAAUCGUGGAAACAAGAUUUGCACGCGGCAGAAGUCGUGCCCGGGUUAAGUUAGAUUAAGGGCAGAUCAGUAUUCUUCCCUCCGUUUUCGGAGGAACCGACAUUUUGUUCGACGCUGCGCUCGAAGGGAAGCUGACGGAUUCGAUUGGAGAAUUAACACUUUCGCGAUCGCAUUUACGCGUGACGGGUCUUUUUAGCGUCGGGAGCCAUUCACGAACCUUCCUACUCUAUUUCUUUUCCUAUAGGGUGAUCCAAUCAAAUUUAACUUUAUAUUGUUUUUAAAGAUAUAAUAAAAUUUAUUAGCAAAGUUCUAAUACAGAAGGUGGUAUAAUAUGGUAGGAAAUUUUUUUAGUGGUAAAGUAGUUUAGAAGACCUCAAGCUCUUCAUCAAAUCAUUAUUAAUUAGUACAGCAUGUAGUACUAACUAUUUUAUAUAAAACGCAUUAUUAUUAUGCAACUUGCAUUAUUAUGCAUUUUUGUAUGUCAAAAAGUUAUUUGUUUUGAUACUAAAAACUUUACCAAAUAAAGUUAAAUUAUUAAUUCCUUGCACUACAAUAUUAUGUCACACUCGUGGCACUAACUACAUAUGUGCUAAGACUCGUGUUUUCAUCGCAAUUGAAUUUUAAGUACAAUUUUAAUUACAACCUUCAUAAUCGAGGAUCCUGAAGAUUAAAUGUGUCUAGCUUUUCAAUGUUCUUUAUCUAUGUUCACAUUGCAGCGAUUAGUUAACUGUGAAUGACGCAACUGCCUAGAAAAUUGUAGGUUAAGGGGUUAAAUAAGGUUAAAGAUGUGUUUAACUCUAAUAUUGUGGAGUUAUAUAUUUCUUGUGUCUUAUAUGUUUAUCAGCUGAUGAAGCUAAUAAAAAUAUCGUCGCAAGGUUACAUUAUAAAUUUAUUACUAGAUACAUUAUGUUACUUCUUUUCUGGUUAAUAUAUCCAUCACUGGCAUUCAUUCAGUUCUGUGUAUCAUGACUGAGUCACUUCAGAAUUUAUUGUUAAAUUAUUUCAUAAUUUAUCAGAGCAUAUAAUGCAAUAAUUUUUUAUUGUAUAUCUCUGGUGGUUCUUGAACAUCCCUAUAUGAAGAAGUCACGGAAUAUUUGAUUAACCCUAUGCAAUGUAAUUGUUAAUCUAAUUGCUGAGAAAUGUAAAAGUAAAGAAACAUAAAGAUAUAGAACUCUAAAAAAUUAAAGUCAAAAUAAUUUUUGGAUAUGCAUAAUACACUUUUUUAUGACAAAUACACAUCUGCACAUCGUAUAUGAAAUUUCGUUUAAAAAAUGGAGGUGAACUUCAAGCUUCCGAAACUACUUUACCCGCAAAUAAAUUUUUACUACUAUAUUAUGGUCCCUUCUAAACUUUAGCUAAUAAAGUUUUCUUAUAUCCACAAAAACAAUGGAGAGCGUUAACUUUUCUUGGACCACCCUGUAUACGAAGUGUUUCGGUAACAUUGUUGAAGAACAAUGUCUCCGUUAUUAUUAACGAUACAGAGAAAUGAUUAAAGAAUUAAUGGCAAUUAUUUACUUUAAGACAGAAACUCUUAUUGAAGAGUAUACCAGUGAAGAGUACGUCAAUGGAGAUCAGCAAGAGUUAAUUCAAUGUUAGAACGUUUAUCUACUAGUUCCUUGACGUUUAAAUUAAUAGUAAAUAUCUACAAAAUGAAACUAUUAAUUUGUAUAAAUUAAUAACGUUGAGUAAUUUAAUGUGGUAAGUAAUUAUAUUUAAUUCUUGAUUUUUAAUUUGGACUGAAAGUAAUAUGUGAAGUUUUUAAU